ACGGCGGAUGUGUUGGAGGUGCAGGCAGAAGGGAAGCAUGCAUGAAGCUUCGGCUGCAGAUCUGUUAAAACUACGCAGAUAACGUUCAGCCAUCAUGAAGAGCUUGAUUUUCCUCAGUGUGGCGUUACUGUCUGCCGUCUCCGAAGCGGCAAAGAAAGGUGACGACGAAGAGUGGGUGCAUCUACCAAAUAAAUGCGAAGUGUGCAAGUUUGUCAGUAUUGAAAUGAAGUCUGCGUUUGAAGAGACGGGGAAAACCAAGGAAGUCAUUGAAACGAACUACCGCUUCCUGGAUGCGAAGGGGGCACCGCCGAUAAAAUAUGUUAAAUCGGACAUCCGCUUCAUCGAGGUGGUGGAGAACGUGUGUCAGAGGCUCAUGGAGUACAACCUGCACAAGGAGAGACACGGCAGCAACCGCUUCGCCAAGGGCAUGUCGGAGACGUUCUCCACGCUGCACGGCCUGGUCAACAAGGGUGUGAAGGUGGUGAUGGAUAUCCCCUACGAGCUGUGGAACGAGACCUCCGCCGAGGUCGCCGACUUGAAGAAGCAGUGUGACGUAAUGGUGGAGCAGUACGAGGAGGUGAUUGAGGACUGGUACAAAGAUCACCAGGAGGAGGAUCUUACUACUUACCUGUGUGAGAAACAUGUCCUGAAGGGCCAGGACACAGCUUGCCUGGAGGAGAGCUGGACAGCAAAAAAGGGAGAGGCGGCAGCCAUUGCUGAGGAGAAGAAGAAAAAGAAGAAAAGCAAAAAAGGCAAGAGCAAAGAGGGAGAGGGCGCUGGCCAGGAGGCACAGACCAAGAAGAAGGAGAAGAAGGUGAAGAAGAAGAAAAAGAGCAAGAAGGUGGAGGUGGAGGGUGAGAGGGAACGGAGGGACCCCGAUGGCUUCACCUCGGAGGAGGACAUCCAGAAGAAGGUCCCUCUGAACAGUGAGAAGACUGAGCUGUGAAAGUGGGAGGAGCCUCCUCCAGCACUACGCCCUGCCCCUCCCCUUCCUCAGCCUCGCCCACUCACAGCCAUUGGCCCGCCCUCAAACUCAGGGGUGUCAGAUUUCCUGGAGGACUGGUGUGUAUGAUGUUUUUUGCUCCAACCUCUGCGCUGAAUUUGCUAAUUAUCCAGAUCAUUUGACUGGUUAUUUAUGUUUUGAUAAAAUAUUACGGUACAAUACAUGCCCAGUACUUCACUAUUUUAUUGUAAUUUAUUUAAUGAAAUGCAUUGGUGUAAAUGUAUACCUCUUAUCAAUUACAGUUAUGCCAGGGGAAUAGUUUGGAACAUCAAACAAACAUACCUGGCUUCCAGGAAUUGAAUACUUCUAUUCUCUCUUUAAGCCCCUCCCCAUCUGCCCCCAGACAUUUCUGCCCCC